UUUUUUUUUUUUUUUUGCUUUUUCCAGCUGAGAUAGUCUGAUUAAUGCAUGCAUAGUCACACUAUUAUUUCCUCAAUAUUACUACAUGAAAGAAAUAAUUCCAAAUACGUCAUCGUCAUCAAUCUAAAUGACGUGUGUGUGUGUGUGUGUGUGUGUGUGUCCUGGAGGGAGGCAGGGAUGGGAGGGAGGGUCGGGGCUGUACUGUAGGUUGACGAUAUAUAUAAGGUGUCCGCUGGCUGGAGAAACAAAGCAGAAGGAGGCACGAGACAGAACAACAGAAGCAUCUGAAUGGGCUGCGAGUGAACGAGGAAAAACCACGCAGGAUUUGCAGUCACCAGAUCAGAGGUCGGAACUCGUCAAAGAAAAACCAGCCCGGAUUCCCUCCAGUGAAGUUUGAGGAACGUGCGAAGAUGAUGUGGAGACUGACUCUUGCCCUGGCGGUGGUGUGCAACUGCGUGAAGGCUGACGUGAUGAGCCGGCUGAUCCUACCGAGGGACUAUGGGGUGAAACUGUGCGGGAGGGAGUUUAUCAGAGCCGUCAUUUUCACCUGCGGCGGCUCCCGGUGGAAACGAUCCACGGAGGGGGACCUGGAUCCCUACCAGUUGAGCUCCCUUACAGAGCAGGACGACCACCAAGCCUGGCGACGUUCCACAGACCUCGCAGAAAUCCACUCUCCUGUCCACAUCGCGUCCUCUUUCUCCCUUAUGGACCUCCUGGCUCUUUACCAGGUCGCUGGAGACAUUCAGCAGCGGUCGCCGGGCGUCCCAGACCCGAUGGGGGACUCUGCAGAUUUAGGUGAGCGAGAGGGGAACCUGGGAGGUGUAGCUGAUUGGCCCACGGGAAGCAAGAAGAAGAGGAACUUUUCUCUGGGAGUGGCGGGGAUGUGCUGUACCCAGGGCUGCACCAAGAACGAUAUCGGACGCUUGUGCUGAGGGACGGGGAACAAAAGGGGGGAGGGUUGGCAGAGAAAGGGUGUCGUGGCAUGAAGCUGGCGUGAUGUGCAUUAAUGGGAAGCAUCUGGCUGUACAAAGACAUAAAAAGGAGGAGGAGGAGGAAGAGGGCAAGUUUAUAUAUGCUGCUCCCGCUCAUGUCUCCUCAUCACUCCAGCUUCAUGCCUCUCAGUCAUGCUUUAUUCAUUCUCCUCUAUUAUUUGAUAUUUAGUUUCAAAAAACAAGUAAAGCUCACAUUCAGUAUGUGCUGUAUGUCACCCUGUCCUCAAAUAAAUUUUAAAUACUGUGUUAAUAUGAAGCAGCAGCAUCGUAUGUUGUUUUGAGCAGAUUGUGGCCUGCAGACAGUUUGACCGAACUCCAUUCAUACUAAUACACGACAAUAUCACACAUUAAUGUCAUUUAGGCAGCUCUGAACAUAUUGGUGGCCCUUGUUCACAACAUUACGCCCGCCUGAUCAUUUUCUGUCAACGCCUGGAGGAUGGUACAGUGAAGGAGAGGAUUUUUUAAGCUUCCCUUUAACCCUUUCAUAACCAAACAAAACAAGCAUUUCACCUCCGAAUAAACCACAACAAUACAACAAAUGGUCUAAAUGUAGAAAUCAUUUAACAGAACGUUGACUGUUCAGCUGUUUGGAAUGUACACGACAUAUCUCUGUUAAAUAUUUACAACUUUCUCAACAUUAAACUAUGUUGUAAUGACAUCAGACUCCAACCCUGGCUUACUUUCAUUCUCAUGAAAACAAACUAAAGUCGAAAUAAACGCAUGGAGAAAACACCAUGGGAUCUUUUUAUGAAAGUCUUUGGAUACAUAUUUCACAAAUAAUUUGAGGUUACACAGAAAUGCACAUUGAUCACAACCAAUGUUCCCUGUAAUUUUUCCUGAGUGUGAGCAAACACACAAACUCCCUGAGCGUCCCUUGGACCACUGUGAGCAACAUCAGACGUGUGCACUGUGGUCACACCAGCAUCACAUCCAUUCAAGUUACAUGGUUCAUUAAAAGAAUCAAAUUACAGCAUUUACAUUUCUGUUAAAACACUUUGUCAAUAGGAGCCAGUUGAAGGCUGCAGUGAUUUUAGUGACACUACAAUGUAUAAGAGUGAAGUUAUUGAAUAUUUCUCUCUUUACUGUUGCAGCGGUUUUGCAAAUUGCAGACGGACCCUGUUCACUCCAUAGACACCAAUGUUAUUCCUGUAGCUUGAAAGGCAGCUACUUUUGAUAAAACUGGGCUUGUAGCACAUUGUCUGCCUUGCAACAAUGGGAAAGAGGCACCGUUUAUGUUUUGACAACCUAUAUCUAAUGAGUUAUUGAUGCUGGAAGUCCGAAUCUGUGAAUAUCUUUCCAACUUUACUGAACUUGGGGCCACUACCACCUAAGGAGUGAUAUAUUUAAUUUUGAAAAAAGCAUUUAGCCAUACUUAAAGCUUUAAGUGCUUUAUUAACACGGAACUAAAAAUUUUGUGUUGUUUUAUUAUCACAGGUUCUGUCUGAAAAGAGGUGGCAUCAUUUUAAACAGUGAAAUCAAACUAACAAAAUGUAAUGACCAACCAGUGAGCAAUACUGGAUUCUGCAAAAACAUAAACAACUUUUUUUUAAAUCUAAAUCUUAUCUUAACACAGUUAAUGUAUUAACUUAUUUUUGUGUGUAUGCAUGUAUUUAUUGAUUUAUUUAGUACUGUUAACAUAUCAGAGUACGGAGUGAAUUUUUCUUAAGAUAGGCAAAGGCCAUUUAUUGAUUACAUAUAGGCUCUUAAAUGUUUAUUAAAAACUAAAAAGCAU